CAGGCGGCGUAUGACUUGCGAACCAACAUCGACAGAGAGAAUUUAGGCCACGGCGGGUCAUGGGUUGAUAAGGACAGAAGCGGAGACUAUGAUCCAGAAGUGGAGGCAAAGAAAGAAAGGGAACAAAGAUCAAAGGCCCGCGGACGCAGGAAGAAGGGAAAGCAAGCAAAGGCCGAGGAAGCUGUACCGCGAAAGCUUAUCGUGCGACUUGCGUUUAAGAGGAUUCCAUUUGGAAACGUACAAAAUAUCGUGGACAACGAGGAGAAUUGGCCAGACGGCUGGUCCGAUGUUGAUUCGGAAGAAGAGCGCGAGAGAAGGAGGCGCGCCGAAGAGAGCGCCAGAGAGCGUGCUCUGUUGAGACCGCCCCCGCCAACGAACCAAACACCAAUCCUGGAUCCCGCGGGGCUCUUGGACGAUAUUACUGGUCAUCCCUUCGCUCGCGGUUGCAGGUCCUGCCGUUUUGAGGGAAACGAUUGUUCCAUGGUUUCCGGGGGUAGCUGGCCUUGCACCAUGUGCCGGGACUUUGAACAGGAUUGCGAGCUUAUUAUCACGCCCAGAAUCAAAAUCAAAUGCAAUAACUGUGCAGACAAUUGCGAGGCGGAUGAAGAGAACGUAUGUUCAUUUGAGAUGGCUAAUAUCGGGCCGCAAGAGAUCUGUUCGCAAUGUGCAGCACAAGGAUUGGCCAAUUGCUUUGGAGGUAUCCCAGACGACUACAGUGCACGGGAAAUUGACUUGGACUCCAUAGCAUACGGGCCUGGUCGCCAACACGUCAAUUGCACGAACUGCCGAGCCACGAAGAAGAGAUGUUCCGUGAAAUCGAAAGACGCCAAAGGUCCAUGCAAACAGUGCAAGAAAGCGGGAAUCGGGUGUGUUUUCUACGAUCCGCCCACUCAAGCUUACCCCCUAAAGAAGGGGAAGGGAAAAGCCGACCCGAAGAUUCAAGCAGGACCAUCCAGGUCCGUUGGCCGAACAAACGGAGGUCUUCCGCACAUGUCAUCGCCUGACGCAGACAUUUUCAACAUCGACAGCGACCUGGACGAGCCAGAGAUGCAGAGGUCCCCCUCACCAACUCCGCCAAUCGUUAUGGAAGACGCCGAGGGCAACAGAGGUGUUGUGGUCGAAAUGCGCACCUCGUAUGCUCACCCUAUUCUGUUUAACGUCCACGAUACAACAGAAUGCAAUUUCUGCAAGCUGGGCCUUUACGGUUUGAUUGGUGAUUGUGAAAUCAAGUGUCAUGCCCUCCAAUGGUUCAAUGGUCUGGGCUACACGGAACUGCACGGCGGUCAUCGAGAGACGAAAGAUCCGACGGUCAUGUGUUCAUCUUGCACAGCAAACCGGCUCCAAAUCAUGUUUUGUCCUAACAACCAUGAUAUCAGACCCUUUGGCGGCAGCGCUCCUGAUUUCGAGACAUUGGCAAUCGGCUUGUGUCGAGCUAAGAACGAUUCGGAAGGGACGGAAGAAUCACUCCAGUUAUGGUGUUCUCUCUGUACCACCCCUGCAUCGUUCAAGUGCGUGACCGCCCAACCCUCCCUGGCGUCCGAUGAAGCUUGGAUCGACGGCUGCGGUCUUCGGUUGUGCGGUCAGUGUGAACGCGGGCUUCGUGAGAAAUAUCAUGGCUGCGUUUAUGGGAUGGCUUUGGCUUACGAUAAGGAGCUCAAGACAAAGGAGGAGGACGGUGGGAUGCAGUCAGGAAAGCCGAGGGCGGAUGUAGGGUUUCUGAAGAGUGAUGGGCUUCUGAUGAACUAUAUG